ACCACUCUCUGGGAAAAUCUGAUCUAUCUUCAGUACUGGGAAAGAUCAGGCUUCCACCGGACUGUUCUUUGGAGAGAAGCAUACUUUCCAGCCAUGAGAGGUGCAUCCUUCUCCCAGACAGCUUUGGCAGUCAGCGGCUCCAGCAAGAUGCGGGUCCAGAGCCCCUCCCCCUCCCGCUGCAGGACGGCGACUCACACCCGCGGCCGGUCCGGUUUCCAGGGCGCAGCAGUGGAGGUGGGGACGGAGAUACACCAGCUCCAGACUAACGAGAAAGAGCAGAUGAAGGAGCUGAAUGUUCGUUUCGCUGGUUACAUUGAGAAGGUCCAAGCUCUAGAACAACGUAACGCAGCCCUGCAGGCGGAACUGGCCGAUCUACAGGCUCGCUACGCGGGGGGACCUGGUCUGGAGUACGAGCUCCAGUUCAAAGAGCUGAAAGACCUGAUUGAGAAACUGACCAAUGAGAAGGGAGCAGCUGAUAUCGAAAGGGGCUACAUUGAGGAAGACAUGGAAAUGUGGAGGCUAAAACUAGAGGAGGAGCUGGCACUGAAAGAGGAGGCGGAGAUGGUGCUGCUGGCGUUCCGGCGGGACGUGGGCGGAGCCACGCUGCAGAGGGCGGAGCUGGAGCGGCGUGUGGAGCAGCUGCUGGCGGAAAUCCAGCUGGUGAAGCAGCUGCACAGCGAGGCGGUGGCCGACCUGCUCAAGCAGAUCGAGGACGCCAAGGUGAGGGCGGAGCUGGAGGCCGAGAGGCCAGACGUGGGUGCGUACCUGCACAGCAUCCGGGCCGAGAUCGAGCAGGUAGCCGCCCGCAACGUGCAGGAGGCCGAGAAGUGGUACAAGGGCAAGUUUGAGACCCUGAAGGAACAGGCGGGUAAACAUGAGAUCCGAAUGAAGUCCAUGCAGGAGCAGGUCACCAUCUUCCACAACCAGAUCACUGACCUUCAGAACCAGAUUGAGGGGCUCCGUUCACGCAAUGAACUCCUGGAGCUGCAGCUUCAGGACAUGGAGAUAAAUCAUCUGGACAAGGUGGCCAGCAUGCAACAACUCCUCGCCCAGUUGGACAGCCAGAUCUCGGAGACCAAGCUCGAGAUGAACAAAUACCUGCAGGACUACAACGAACUGCUGCACAUCAAACUGAAGCUGGAUGCUGAGAUCGCCACCUACAGGAUGCUGCUGGAAGGGGAAGAGAAAAGACUGGGGAUCUCUGAGGUCACAUCAGUAAGCAAGACUGGCUGUGAAGGAAUUCAACACGUCAUUGAAGACUGAAUUUUUAUCACAUGGAGAUAUUACAACAAUUGCAAGAACCAUUUUGUGGACUUACCAAUGCAAAUAUAGAAAUGGAACUUACACCCAUGGAUGCCUGCCCUGCUAUGCAGUCCCCAGCCUUGUGUGGACCACAGCGUGUCCCCUCCUGACCCUCCUUAAUGUAACAAAAAGAAUAAUUUGCACGUGUAUGCCGAGCACUGCAGUGAACUGCGUAAUAAACCUUAACCUGACUGCAUGAA